UGCUAUGAGUAUGACAUUGAGAGACAACCCUAGUUUUGUUUCAUAUUUGCGAAAUGCCCCCAAUUAAGCUCAGCUGGUUUGUCCUCUCGGAAUUGCUCUCUCUCCUUCCCUCAACAAACAUUCUCUCUGCUGCCCAAGGAAGAAGAAAUGAGAACAAAUGGACACUUUAUUUGAGGUUAUAUUGAUUACAAGGUCGUACCAUUUUCACUGUUUGGGAUAAGUACUGGUUAGGCAGAUGCAGAAGCAAUGUUAUAGCUUUUAGGUAUGACUUGUUCGUAUAGUAGGAAAAGAUGGUUUCUUGCUUUAAUAGUUUUGGUUUAAUGGCCAUAAAAUCUUGAAUUGUGUUUGAGAUGUCACUUGAUGUGAGAAAUGGGUUAGCUGACAUAGCUGAGAAUAUUGUAUAGGUGGUUGUGUGUUUGCAUUGAAUGUUUAUACCUUUGAGAUCUUAGAGGCUUAGAGGGCAAGUCCGAGGUUAGGCAUGUAAUGGAUCAUCUAGGUUCUUGGGAAAGUGAUCUGGAUUUUGACUUGGAAAGUGGUGAGACUGAACGCACCAGUGAAGAAGAUGGAAAUGAAGGGUCGGGUUCGGAUGGUAAAUGUUCCAGGAAAACAAUGGCUAGGGCAAGGAGUGGGUACUUGUAUAUUGAUGGAUCAAUAGCAGCUAGUGAUGGGCUAAGUGCAGGCAAUAAUGUAUCAAGUAUUGGUCAGAAUAUGGAUACGUUAGCUAGAAGUAUGGGGCAGAUGGCAGAAGGAGGAAUGGAGAAGAGAACAGUUGAGAAACAGAAAAAAAUCCCUAAAAAGCAUCCCAAGCCACCUCGGCCUCCUACAGGUCCAUCAUUACAUGCCGCCGAUAUAGAGUUCGUCAAAGAAAUUUCAAAGCGAUCAAGGUUGCGGCAUGCAAGGAGAGAAAGGAUGAAUGCAUUGAAGAAAAUGAAAUCUGAUAAAACAUCAUCAUCGAAGAUAAACUUCUUGGCAAUGAUCGUCACCACUAUCUUCUGCUUUGUGAUAAUCUUCCAUGGAAUCUUGGGUGCUCAUGCAUGAUUUAAGUGUUCGAAAAUCCCACAGUUUUUAAUUUAGGAACCCCUAAACUCAUGGGCUGGUUCUGUGUUUCCCAGUUUGGCCGCCGAAUGCCGUGGGGAUUGUUUAUUGAACCUUAUUUUGAGUUUCGACAAUCCCAAUCUGUUGUUGGGGAAGCAGUGCUGUUAAAGGACUUUGUGGGUAAAGCAGCCUUGCCAUACAAUCAAUGGGGACGAUUAGGCACCACAGGGAGAUGAAAGCAUCAUACCCCGAUCCAUUUCUAUUAUAUAUGUUGAUCAAGUGAAGUGAAUUGCUUUCCAACUGUACAAGAAUUUUUUUUGUUUGUAUUUUGUUGUUAUAAAUUUUAUAAAUGGCGCACAAGUGGCUUUCUUAGAAUCUUA